CACCUACUCUCUCUCUCUCUCUCACAUACACAUUUUCUCUCUCCUCUACUGUGUUCAAAAACAUCGCCUAGAAAUGUCAAAUUAGACUUCUACUUCUACCGACACUUACCUUCCAAAUUCAGCACACCCCACUUUACCAAUUUAGCUCCCUUCUCUUAAAAAUCCUUGCUUUCUUUGUUGUGUCUCUUUCCCAUUUUUUCUGGUUUUGGAUUCUGACCUUCAACACCAGACAUGUCUCUUGAGUCAGCUACAGCUUCAGCUGAACACAAUAACAUCAGAGGAGUUCCCACUCAUGGUGGACGCUAUGUUCAAUACAAUAUCUAUGGCAACCUCUUCGAGGUCUCCAGGAAAUAUGUCCCUCCUAUCCGACCUGUGGGAAGAGGAGCUUAUGGUAUUGUUUGUGCUGCUGUAAAUGCGGAGACACUUGAAGAAGUUGCCAUUAAGAAGGUUGGCAAUGCAUUUGACAACAGAAUAGAUGCCAAAAGGACCUUACGAGAAAUUAAACUUCUUCGGCACAUGGAUCACGAAAAUGUGAUAGCCCUUAAAGACAUUAUACGACCACCACAGAAGGAGAACUUCAAUGAUGUGUACAUUGUUUAUGAGUUAAUGGAUACUGAUUUGCAUCAAAUAAUUCGUUCCAAUCAACCAUUGACUGAUGAUCAUUGUCGGUAUUUUCUGUAUCAGUUGUUACGAGGACUCAAAUAUGUACACUCAGCAAAUGUUCUACACCGUGAUCUAAAGCCUAGCAACUUGCUACUGAAUGCCAAUUGUGAUCUUAAGAUUGGAGACUUUGGUCUUGCUAGAACUACGUCUGAAACUGAUUUUAUGACUGAGUAUGUGGUUACUCGAUGGUACCGAGCUCCAGAAUUGCUUCUUAAUUGUUCAGAAUAUACUGCAGCGAUUGAUAUAUGGUCUGUUGGUUGCAUCCUUGGUGAAAUCAUGACAAGACAACCCCUAUUUCCUGGGAAAGAUUAUGUUCAUCAGCUCAGAUUGAUCACAGAGCUCAUAGGUUCACCGGAUGACACUAGCCUUGGAUUUCUACGAAGUGAUAAUGCUCGUAGAUAUGUAAGACAGCUUCCUCAAUAUCCAAAGCAACAGUUUGCUGCUAGAUUUCCCAAUAUGUCUCCUGGUUCUGUUGAUUUGUUAGAGAAGAUGCUUAUCUUUGAUCCAAACAGACGCAUUACAGUUGAGGAGGCUCUGUGCCACCAAUACUUGGCACCACUCCAUGAUAUUAACGAGGAACCUGUUUGUCCUAGACCUUUCAGUUUUGAUUUUGAGCAACCGUCUUUCACUGAAGAGGAUAUCAAGGAACUCAUCUGGAGAGAGUCUGUGAAGUUCAAUCCCGAUCCACCUAUUUAUUGAGAUUUUGCAUUUGCUGUUGUAUGUGCAUAGUAAAAUCCUAGAUGACUGAUUUACAAGACUACUGAGAAGUUGUCAGUUCUCCACUAAAGUAUUAAACAUGAUGGUCAUAUUGAGAUUUUUUAGGUAAAUUAUAUCGAGAUUCAAUGAGACUGGUGUGAGGUUGGUUGUCUUUUAUUUAAUUCUUAGCUCACAUUCUUGGAUGAUUGUAUUGUUGAGAUGUCCUGUUGGAAUGAUCCGAAGCUAAGCAGCAUUACUCAAAAGGUUUCAGCAGGAAUAUCCAGGAGCUCUGACUCCUUGUUGGUCUAUUUCUAUCUUUCAGCUUAGACUAGGGGCAACAGUUAAAAGACUCACAAAAAUUAGACAAGAAAACAUUUCAUUUGUGGGGACAGACAUUAUGCGCAUUGUA